AUGGCCGGGUCGCUGGGCGCCCGCCUCGCCCGGAGCCGCUUCUUCGGCGGCUUCGUGUGCGGGGCGGCGCUGGGAGCCGCGGCCUCUGCGCUGGCUGCCCGCAAACUCCUCGGGGAGCCCCGUCUCCCACCUGCGGCCCUGCAGAGCUCCGUGGCCGCCGCCUCGGCAAAACAGCAACCGCCGCUGCCGCCGCCUCAGGAGGGUAAGCGAGCGAGUGCGCAGGCGCAACUGCCGACCCGGCUCGCUUGCGGGAGCGCUGCUCUCCGGUCACGGCGGCCGGAGCGAUGGCUGAGGGCGCCCGUUGGCGACGCGCGGCUGAGGGGGAAAGUGGGGCCUGCUAUACAGAAGGCUGCCCUCAGUCAGCGGCGGGUCUGCGCCUGCAGAGCUUUCCACUAAAGAUCAUCAUAUAAAAAAGGAGACCGGAGAGGAAUAUUGCCGAUAUAAUGCUUACAAUUUUUUUUUGUAAUAAAAGGAUUAGCAACAGCUAAUUUCGACAGUUUCGGGAUAAUUUGAAGAGUUUUCUGUUUUCCCGCCGGGCACCGGUUUGGGUAGCAUUUGGGCGCCAUGUUAAAAAAAAAACCAAACACAUUUCAGGUGUUCUUCAUGACGUUUUUGCUGUUGAUUUUUCUCCAGCUUUUUCCAUGUUGUUUUCCUGGUGCUUACCUUUUACCAUAUUGUUGAUCUGGCGCAGUUUCAAAUUAAAUAGGAAUAUGGGAAGGUGCUUUGCACUGAAUUGGGACCCUUGCACCAUCCAGUUCAGUUUUGCCUACACGGACUGGCAGAGGCUCCCCAGGGUUUCAGGCAGAUGCCAUUGGGAACUGAACCAGGAAUAUCCUGGAGACAGAUUGUCUUCUACCAGGCUUUCCAAAACGUGGGUCUCCACCUGCUUUUUGGACUACAGUUCCCAUUAUCCCUGACCACUGGUUCUGCCAGCUAGGGAUGAUGGGAGUUGUGGUCCAAAAACAGCUGGAGACCCAAGUUUUGGAAGCCCUGUGUGCCUGAGCUGAUUAUCACUCUUCCCCAAGAUCAGACCAAGGGCUCAUUUAGCCCAGUAUACUGUUUUCUACAGUGGCCAGCAGUUGAAAAUGAAAUGUUCACAUUUCCUCAAAUGCUUACAUUUCUCUUCAACACUUAAAUAUCUUUUUUUAAAGAAAAAAAAUCAGUUUAUCUAGAUUCAACUUUUAAAUGGGACUCCUGGUGGUCUCCCAUUCUUAUCUAUCCAUCUUUAGUUAAAAAUUUCCCUCUCUAGCCACUAAAACCCUGUUAGCGAUUUCUAAAGAAAAAAAGUAUUGCACAAAUUUACAGUGAAUUUGCCUUUUAUUAAUAUGGCAUUUUAGGCCCUUAGGAGUCAUGCUAGUUACAUUUUACAGCAUGGUCUGAAAAAAUUGCACACAAGAGAACAAAGUAUUGGUUUCUUUUAUCUAUUGCUUUCUGUUUAUAACAAUUUAUGUUGAAAUAAGUUGUUUUUAAACAUUUGUUCGCUUUUGUUUCUGCAAAAGUAAUAUGUUUUUAAAUGCAAACAAUGGGGUUUUUUUUUACCAUGGCACAAAAAUCGAACCAAACAACCUGUGGUUUGUUCCUGAAUUGUUAAAUAUAAACUGAAUUAAAAAUAACAUCUGCCACUUUUCUCCCUGUAUACAUUGAAAAUCAAUCAGCACUGUAUUGAGAAAGUGGUUUUGUCUGGCUGUAUCACACCAGCAGUAAAUUGCUAGCAAUGACAUAUUUUUCAUUUUAUGGUGGCUUUAAGUGUAUUUGUAUAACUGUUAUAAAAAAAUCAAUCUGAAGUGGUGGGCGAAAGGUUACAAGUACACAAUAAGCCCACAUCACUUCUCAACCCAACAACAUUUUAAAAUGUUUUGUGUUUUGAAAGGAUAGAAAGUUUUUAAUUUUGUGAUAAGUGAAGUAGGCUCUCAUCAACCUCCCUUUCAAAUUCUCUGUUGUUGGGUGAUGCCUGGGUUGGUCCUAUCUCUUUUUGUGGCAGGACUCCUCUGCUGUUAGAACACAUCAGACCAAAAGUCAAUCCAGCCCAUAAUUCUGCUUCCAUCAGUAGCCACCACAUGCCUCUGGAUAAGCCGGCGUGGUGUAGUGGUUAGAGUAUCAGCCUUGAACUAGGGAGGCCCAGGUUCAAUUUCCUGUUCAACUAUUAUUUAUUAUUAUUUAUUUUAUUUUGAAACAUGUAUAAACCAUUCAACAUUUUGAAAACCACAAAACAUUGCACAAAAAUUCAGAACAAUAGUAUAUAAUAAAAUAACACAAACCAACAUAGUAUACUAUAAAUCGUCGCCUGCAGACUAAUCUGGGAAGGCCUGGGUAAAAAUUAAAGCUUUUAGCAUGUGUUGAAAGCACAUGGUGCAAUACUUAGUGCAUGCCUUAUUUCCAGGGCAAAGUUGUUCCAGAUACAGUGGUACCUCAGGUUACAUACGCUUCAGGUUACAGACUCCACUAACCCAGAAAUAGUGCUUCAGGUUAAGAACUUUGCUUCAGGAUGAGAACAGAAAUCGUGCUCCAGCGGCGCGGUGGCAGCGGGAGGCCCCAUUAGCUAAAGUGGUGCUUCAGGUUAAGAGCAGUUUCAGGUUAAGAACAGACCUCCAGAAUGAAUUAAGUACUUAACCCGAGGUACCACUGUAGUAGGACCCACUACAUUAAAGGCUCUGCAUUGGGUAAUCAAGAUGGAUCACUAGAACUUACCACACUGUUAGGAGGGCCUUCUUGGGAAAGGUUCUUGAACGGGUGAUUGCAGACCAAAUCCUGGUGCUCUUGGAAGAAACUGAUUUUUUAAUCCAUUUCAAUUGAGGUUUAGGCUUUUGUUAUUAUGGUAUAUAUUUUUGUGUUUUUAUAUUAUAAACUGCCCUAUGAUCUUCAGAUAAAGGGUGGUAUGGAAAUAUAAUAAAAUAAUAUUAAUGACAAUUAGAUUAUCACAGUGACCAGGCAGGAAGCUCACUGGGUGGUCAUGGGCUAGUGAUUUCACUUUUCUCUCAGCAUAACCUACCUCACAUGGUUGUUGUGAGGAUUAAAACUGGUGAAUUUUUAAUCAUUAGGUAAAGGUAAAGGUACCCCUGCCUGUACGGGCCAGUCUUGCCAGACUCUAGGGUUGUGCGCUCAUCUCACUCUAUAGGCCGGGAGCCAGCGCUGUCCGCAGACACUUCCGGGUCACGUGGCCAGCGUGACAAGCUGCAUCUGGCGAGCCAGCGCAGCACACGGAACGCCGUUUACCUUCCCGCUGGUAAGCGGUCCCUAUUUAUCUACUUGCACCCGGGGGUGCUUUCGAACUGCUAGGUUGGCAGGCGCUGGGACCGAGCGACGGGAGCGCACCCCGCCGCGGGGAUUCGAACCGCCGACCUUUCGAUCGGCAAGUCCUAGGCGCUGAGGCUUUUACCCACAGCGCCACCCGCGUCCCUUUUAAUCAUUAGUUCCACAGAAUCAGUUGACUGUACUGAAUGCAUAGUUCCUGGUGGAUACAAUCCAUGCGUCUGAGCUAUGAGGGACAACUAACAGAGACUUCCUUAAUGGUCUUAGUGAUCAGGCAAUUGAGAAGCCAGGCAACCCUGAAGGUACUCUGGAUCCCAGUUGUUAAUGGCCUUAAAAAACUGAUACAAGAAACGAACUUGGCCCAGUAACAUAAGGGUAGCUAGUACAAGCUCAUAAUCAUUGGUGUUACUUGCUGGCAGCAGUCUGGCUCCAUCAGCAGUCAAGCUGCAGCAUCUUGUACCAACUCGAGCAUCCCAACCUGGCCCAAGGGUACCCCUACAUAGAGCACAUUGCAGUAAUAUUGGCACCAUCCAUGUAUGUGGUGCUUUGCAUGGAAAGAAAGCUUAGCCUCAUACACUUGAAACUACCAGAAAUGAAAAGGGUUUUGUAAGUCUUAGGUAAAUUCUCAGUUGUUAAUGGGGUUCUUGGGCAUUUGAUGCCUUUCUGGCAACUCUUCAGUGGAAGAAAACAAAUCCCACAUGUUCUGGCCUUAAAACUCUUUAUUUCUCUCUUAGAACCCAUAACAGAGACUGUGUUGGAAAAGUAUGGAUUUCCUGCAGCUGGAACACAGAUCAGAUAUUACACCAAUCAUGCAUUAUCUUAUGAUCAGGCAAAACGAGUGCCUAGAUGGGUGAUUGAACAUAUUUCCAAACAUAAGACUUUGGGUAAGUGAACUCUUGUGUGCAUUUGUUCAUUGCUUGUAAUUACCGUAUUUUUCGCUCCAUAAGACGCACCAGACCACAAGACGCACCUAGUUUUUGGAGGAGGAAAACAAGAGAAAAAAAAUCUGAAUCUCAGAAGCCAGAACAGCAAGAGGGAUCGUUGCUCCAGUGAAAGCAGCAAUUCCUCUUGCUGUUCUGGCUUCUGGGAUAGCUGCGCAGCCUGCAUUCGCUCCAUAAGACACACACACAUUUCCCCUUACUUUUUAGGAGGGAAAAAGUGAGUCUUAUAGAGCAAAAAAUACAGUAAUUUACUUGUGGGUUAGAAGCAGUUCACUGGCUGUGCACGAGUAAUAGGACCUUUGUUUGAGAGUAAGCCUCAUUGAGCGUAGGGGAGCUUCUGAGUAAAAAAUGCAUAGGAUUCUUCUGUCAGGUGGGUAAAUUAUGUUUUCCACAUACACAAGCUUUCAAUAGUCUUGUAAAGAGCACAAGAUUUCAUAGAUGUGGUUGGGCAGCAGGUAUAAAAGAGGGAUGCUCUGCCUCCAUGGAUCAGGACAUGAGAAAACUGAACCUCACUGCCUGCUAGAAGCCAAGCUCAGCCAAAAUUUAUAGAUCCCGAAGAAAGCAUAUGAGCAUGAAGGUGCUUCUUGCUAGCCCAUAAAUAUUCUUUUCAUCUAUGGGUGAGACUUCAAAUUGAUACAGUAGGUGCAAGAUAGUUAGUGGAUGUCUGUGGAAUUUAAGAGCAUAUCCUAUGGAUGUCUGCUAGUUUUGGGGCAAGCUUGUAGGCAUUUUAGUAAUCCUUCCUUUUUGUUUAUCAUUGAUAUGGACUUGUUCAGUCAAUGAGGCUUUCAUUUCCAUGUGAUUCCUGCCCUUUCUACAUCCUCUUCCCUUUGUGACCCUUAAACAUGUGGAUCUCUGCAGGCAAUGUAGGGUGAUUGGCUAAGUGCACAUGAUGUGUGUAGGAGUAGAGGACUCAUCUGAGGCUUACCAGAUUUCUCGGUGAGAAACAUCAGUAAUAGAGGACAAUCUUCCCUGAAAGACAGCUCACCUACUGGUUUUUCCUUGCAAUGCAGAGUUUCAUGGGAGUCUUGAAUGCACACUGCCAGCUCACACAGGAUAAUAAUAGAGAUCAAUAAGCGUUGUCAGUGCUCCAUGUGAACGGACUGUAUUCUAGGAUAUUGUUUAGGAUUGCUGUUUAUUUUGCAGUUUUGUCAGUUGCAUUUAGUAUAGUUUUUGUUUUUUUAAAAAAAGAAAAGGUUUGCUGAACAACUUGUUUUUGUUCCUCAGGCAAUGCAGACAGAAAACAUUGCAAAUUUAGACCAGAUCCUAGCAUCCCUCCAAUAUUCACUGCCUUGAAUGAAGACUACAUCGGGAGUGGCUGGUCACGAGGCCAUAUGGCACCAGCUGGGGAUAACAAAUAUUCACCAGUAGGACUGCUACUUAAUUCUUGGCUUGUUGUUUCUUUGAAGGGGAGGGGACUGGAACAGAAUCCAUGGUUCCUAAAAUCAGUGACAGAGCUGUGAAAGUGCUUUGAGAGAACUGGAAAAUAUUGCUAACCCAGCCUUCUCCACUUUGGCGCCCAUCUGACAUUUUAGAUUACAACUCACAUUAUCCCCAGCUAAUAUGGCCAUUGAUUAGAGAUGGUGAGAGGUAUUCCAGAACAUCUGGAGACCAACAAUUUGGGGAAGACUGUGCUAGCCAUAGUGACCAGGGGGAAGUGAGUAAUUUAAAAAGCAGAUUGAAUUUGAAGGCAGCAGUUUUGAAAUGUAAUAUAUCAUGUAACAGAAUGAUGUUCUGUGUGUAAAUGUAUUAGAAUGUUCUUCUUGGUGGUUCUUGCUGAAAGAGAUAAACAUUGACAUUUGACUGCUUUAUUCUGUUUCAAUCUGAGCAUUUAAGUAGGUCUGGGUAUCCAUCCAAAAUUUCGUUUACAAUUCUUUUUUCUUACAGAAGGCUAUGGCAGAAACAUUUUAUCUAUCCAACAUUGUACCCCAGAACUAUCAGAAUAAUGCUGGAUUCUGGAAUAGGUAAAUUGCUACUAGAUUAACUAAAUUCAAGGUAAAAUUUUGUUUAGUGAUAUUUUAAACAUUUUAAUCAUGUGUCAGCCUAACCUGGAGAGAGGGAGGCAAGGGAAGAAGACAAAAAAUGAAGAAAUAAACUAGAGAAACUAUGUAGCUUUCUCUGGGGAGGAGUACACAUAUUAGCAUUCUAGAGAUCUAGCCAGAAAGCUCCUAUAGUCUGUUUAUGCAAAGAGAAGUGCUGCCCAGGGCAAGUGGCAGGCAUAUUAAGCCUUACUCCAGGGUUCAUAUAUUUAUUUAUUGAGAUUUAUAAUAUUUCUCUUCCUGAAAGCACACAGUGCACGGCAUUUUAAAGCCUACAAAUCCAAUGGAAUGGAAUGGAAUUCAAUUAAUUAGACACACACUAGCACAGAAAUAGAAUUAGCUCGCUUCAAGCAGGGAAAACAGUAUGAUAAUGGUUUCUGUUAAUUUGGUAGCUACUAAAUGUGGGUGAGUCCAGGAAUGGGUCUCUGCCUACUACUCAUUGUAAACAGAUACACUCUGACCUCUACUUGCUGAGCAUGUUGGAAACAAAGCACUUUCUACCAAUCAGCUUGAAUAUAAAAGGUGCAAAUAAAGUAUUGGCUUUUUAAAGUAUUGACUCAGCAUGUUGGAAACAAAGCAUUUCCACUAAUAGCUUCCCCAAGGUACAGACCAAACAAUAACACAAGCAUGUGCAAAGAUACAUAUGAAUGGAAGCAAACAAGGCAGAGACCUGAUUUGUGAUCUGGUUGCUGAGCUAAAGCGCCAUAUAGGAAUAAACUGAAGAUUAAAGCUCACAUUUGCUCAUCAUGCUUACUUAAUAUAUUUAGCUUGGGAAAUGUUAUGCCAUCCCUAAAAUGCCCCACUGCCCUUCUCUGUUCUAGGUAUGUUUGGAAUUCCCCAGCCCCAGGCUAGUCCAUAUGUUUAAACUAUUUUGGCUUAAUUUCAGGCUAGAAAUGUAUUGCCGGGAACUGACUGACAGAUUUGAAGAUGUCUGGAUUGUUUCUGGACCUUUGACAUUACCUCAGAUGGAUGAUGAUGGGAAAAAAAGGGUUGUGUAUCAGGUAAGCUAUUGAACCUAGCCAUAUAAUUGGAACAAAGUCCUCUUUGAUUUUGUUGGGGGUUUUCUGCCAUGCAGGUUUUCUUAGGAGUUGAACUGGAUGCAGCCUUGGAACUGCAUGUGUGAGAAAGGCAAUAACAACCGGUGGUAAGGUUGCACGAUUUGAGGCUUUAUACUGUUGAGUAGUCCUUUUGAAUUUGCUUUGUGGUCUCAGCUGAUGAAUAUAAAUAUGGGAUCAUGUGCAUAGAAUAGGUCCAGUGGCCCAAGUAGCAAAAUUGAAGUCAUGUAUUGUGAGGAAGGAGUAGUGACAAUUUGUGGGCAGCAAACAGAACUGAGUAAAAUCAGUAAGAGGCAAUGCAGUGCACGCCAUCUCUGCAGGCAGUAGAUACUAGGAAUCAAGUGGUGGAUUUUUAACAGCUGUGCUUACUGUGUGUGAAACAAAUCAAAAUUAUGCAUCCAGAAAAGUGAAGUCCUGUGACUUGUUUAAUAUGAUGCAAGUAAUGUUGUGAAUUCUAGAAAUACGAGAUUAAAAUACGCUUUACGUUUAAAAAAUAAUAAUGCAUAGAUUAAUUAUUUUAGCUCUGGUUUAUAGCUGUAUCCUCUUCAAGCUCACUUAAAUUGUGUUCAGCCAGUGGCUGUGCACUGUUUAAAGUUAACUAUUAAAUUAAUGGCUUUAUACUAUUGUUUUUGUGUUUUUGUUUUGCCCUUAUGGACAUGUGAUUAUUUUUAGAUCUCUUAAGCAAAGAGACGAACUCCCAAAGUAUUGCUUAUGGCAUUGCUCCUUGCUUGGGUUAUGUUACCACUUACUUCUCAUUACCAAAUAAAUUAAUCUAAAGCUGCUGCUAUCUGGUGGCUGAAUUUGGUGUGUAUCAAGGUCUGUGCCAUUGUUUUGUCUGCCUUGGUGAAGCAUUUGUUGCAAAUACAGAUUGAUGACCACACUUGAUAUUUGGGAGACACAUUUGCAGAAUAUAAAUGUAUGUCUGAAAACGUAAAAGAGAAUGCCAACAGGAAGAAUCUCUUCUGUGUCACUGGAGAGGCAGGAGCAGGUUUUCCAUCUUCGUCCAGAGCAAAUCAAAAUGACAGCAUCUUGCUUUAUAUACUGCUGUUCUCUGGAGAAUGUCAGUUUAGUGACUUUUGUCUGCUAGCAGAUCUUUGUUUCUAAAUGUUUCUAUUUGCAAUCAUUUUUCCUCCUACAUUUCACUCAGAUUGAACGCAUAUUAAAUGCAAAAUUUAUAAUUUUGUCACCCAGAAUUCCCAGACUCUGGAUUCUCUCCCUUAUAUAUGCUUAAUAUUUCAUUGAAAGUCUCUUAUUUGAGGGAAUUUCAUUGCUGAAGUAUAUGGACUUGGAUCUUUUAUUUUUAACCCAUGUUUAAUUUAAACAAAGAGAAUGACUGGAUAAAUUACGAAUAAAACAGAAAAUGUUUAGCAAAAAUAAGAAUUCUUUUGCAAACGACUGUAAAUAGUAUCACUCUCACAAAUGAAUAAAUACAAUGCUGCUGUGAGAAACCAUAUUAGGCAGCAUCUCUAUACACCAGGUGUGAGGAAUUUUUGGCCCUCCAAAUGUUAAAAGGUAAAGGUACCCCUGCCCGUACGGGCCAGUCUUGACAGACUCUAGGGUUAUGCGCUCAUCUCACUCUAUAGGCCGGGAGCCAGCGCUGUCCGCAGACACUUCCGGGUCACAUGGCCAGCGUGACAAGCUGCAUCUGGCGAGCCAGCACAGCACACGGAACGCCGUUUACCUUCCCGCUAGUAAGCGGUCCCUAUUUAUCUACUUGCACCCGGGGGUGCUUUCGAACUGCUAGGUUGGCAGGCGCUGGGACCGAGCGACGGGAGCGCACCCCGCCGCGGGGAUUCGAACCGCCGACCAUGCGAUCGGCAAGUCCUAGGCGCUGAGGUUUUACCCACAGCGGUUUUACCUAGGCACUGAGGUUUUACCCACAGCGCCACCCGCGUACCUAUAUGUUACUGAAAUCCCUCCAAAUGUUACUGAACUACAUCUCCCAGCAAGCACAGCUAUCAUGAUGAUGGGAGUCAUAGUUUAGCAACAUCUGGAGGGCCAAAGGUUCCCCACACAGUUUCUUGAGAACAAAGUCCUACAAGACUCAGGUUUACUUCUGCCAUGAAACACAUCCACCAGAAAGCAAGAUGUUCAGAGGGAUUAUUUCUCACGUUGACUUUCGGCAUAUUAAAAACAUUAUAAGGUGAUUUUUAUCAGGUUUACUUUGUGAAUCUGUUGCUUGGAUGCAGCCCACUGUUUAUGAGAGCUGUUCAGAGGCUCUUGGUGAUGUGUUAAUGUAUCGGCUCCAACUGCCUGAGGAAGCAUUGGCCACCAAAAAUGGCUUACUGGCUUGGAUUUGUUUUAAAUAAGCAUGGAUCAGAUCCCUAGUUUUUUCCCCUGAGUUGGAGAAUGCCCUGGAUUGCCUCCCCCAACUGAUUUAAAGUGGAUGAAACAAGCCAAAUAAAGAAGGGAAUUUAUACAAGCCCUCUAGGCAGGUCAUUCUCUUACAGAACUGCCCUUACACUUUAGGAGGGGAUUUUCCAACUACAAAGCCUUAAAUCUAAAUGGCUUGUGAAUUAGCUGAUUAAGCAUACACAUUAAUUAAUGUCUGCCUUGUUAUUCAAUUAUAGCUAUUCAGUUAUGUUUGCCUUUCACUGUUAAUGAUGUUGAAUUAUUCUGUUCACUUUAUUUUAAAAAUGUGAAUAGCAUGUGGAUAAUGGGUCUUACCAAACCUCCUGUAUGAAACCUCAGGAUUUUUCAUUCUGAGGAAGGUCAGAUCAUCUACAUUUUGAACAAUUAUGCUUCUCUGAUGGAUUUCUCAGGAUGCUGGGGAAUCAUACUUUACUAAUUAUUGAUCUGAAAAAGAUUUGAGUACAACACUGGGGACAAACCCUUCCCCCACCAGCCUUGGCAAGCAGUUGUGGGCUUUUAUCAAAUAUUUUUAAUUGAGUUUUAAUGACAAGGGUUUUUUUUAAUUAAAAAAAGAAUUUUUUUCCUGUCUGUCUGUCAUAAACAGUUGUUUUUAAAGAACUUUGACCAGCUGUUUUCACUGAGGGUUUUUCGGAAGAACUUAAUAUAAUUUUUUCUAAGAAAGAGUUUAGAAGAUAGAUUCUAGUUAGAAGAAAGGAGAUUCUGACUAAACAAGAAUUUUCUGAUAGUAAGAGCUGUUCGACAGUGGAACAGACUUCCUCGGGAGGUGGCGGACUCUCCUUCCAUGGAGGUUUUUAAGCAGAGUUUGAAUGCCCAUCUGUCAUGGAUGCUUUAGCUGAGAUUCCUGCAUUGUGGAUGGUAGGACUAGAUGACCCUCGCGGACCCUUCAGACUCUACAAUUCUAUGAUUUCUCAAGAAUUACAGGCAUUUUCUCUGCAAAUAUUCUGUACACUUGGGAUGACUUUUUUAAAAAAGCAUCCCUGUAUUACUAGUAGCUUUUAUAGCAUUGUGAGAAAAUAAAUAAGUGUAUCACUAACAGUACCAACUCAUAAUUUUGCUAAGAAAUUUUGUAUGCUUUAAAAAAAUAAAUUAUAUGCUGAUGGGGAACAAGAGAGUGUGAUAGACACAGUAGGCAGAUUUUCUAUUUAAUACACAAGAUUGGAAUGAUAAACAUCCUUCCAAAAGAAUAAUAAUGUCUGAAGGAGGGAUGCAGAAUUAAUAUGAAUGCUAAUAAUAUCUCCUAAGAAUAUGUUAUCAUUUUCUCAUUAAUUUCAAGGACAAUUACCUUAAACAAUGAAGGCAGGACACAAUACAUUUGUUGCUGCCAAGUGGUACUGUCUACACCUUUUAGGGGGACACAAAAGGAUUCAAUCAUAUCCAGGUCAAGAGAGAUGUCCUAUAUUUCAUUGGCUUUCAUGGUUUUGCUAUUUCAGUACAUAUGACCAAAGCGGGAGUAAAUACUGAAGUAACAUCAAGCAGAAGCCCCUUCGGAGUCUAGGUUUCACAUCAUGUUAACUUGGAGCUCCCUGAAGUCUCCUCCUGAUAGAGCCUUCUGAGAUUGAAAAGCUGGGUAAAAAGGACAAAAGCAGUAAAAAGCAGUCAAUAACAACAGUAAUCCAGAGAGUAAUGGAGUAGUGGAUACUUCAUAUUGUUUUAAGACAGUUGUAACCAGAAAAAUAAAUCUAAUGAAGAAGCGAAUUCUGCCCAGCACCAAUGUUAGUUCCCUUCUGUAAAGGAUGUUUAUAAUAAAGCUCGAGUGAACGGCCAGGCCUGAGGUGAUAUCUGUUAGAAUAAUGUUAUCUUCAGGAAGAUAUUUAAUGGUCAGUGUCAUCGCUCAAGUAACAGCUUGGGAAAACCAAACACUUCAUUGGAGACGCUGUGCCCAAGGAAGCCACAUGCUUAUUCUGAAACAAGAAGGAUAGUGUGUCUAGAAAUCACUGCACAGUUAUAUUGCAGUUAAAUGAAUUUUUGGACCCCACCUUCUCGUUAUUCUGGUCUUAGAUAGCUGAUUAAGCAAGAAACAAGAAGGAUAGUGUGUCUAGUAAUCACCGCACAAUUAUAUUGCAGUUAAAUGAAUUUUUGGACCCCACCUUCUUGUUAUUCUGGUCCUAGAUAGCUGAUUAAAAAAUGAGUAUCAAUAACGUCUGUGGCUCACUUUGAAAGUUAAGAUAAUUCCUCUGAUUUAUGUGUUUCUAAAAGGCUACAAUUCUAAGGUCAUCCAAUGAACUUGACUAAAAUUUGAUUCAGGGCAGACCAGUGUGGCGAUAUGUCCACAUCUGUGGUGGUCAUCACUGCCACAGAAUGUUUUGAUGGCCUGUAGCACCAGCAGCUUUAAAAAUGGAUUAGAUCACUCAUAGGGGUAGUAGGCUUACAGGGGAUUGCUAUCUCCAUCCUGCGUGUGAGCUCCCCUGAAGCACCUGGCUGGCCGCCAUUCAAGGAGAGGACUUGGCUAGAUGGCUCUUUAGCCUGAUUUGGUAUGGCAGUUCUUGUGGCGCAGCCUUGCCUGGAGCGGAACAACAUAGUUUGUGGAUGAGGUGGAGUAAGGUUAUUUUUCUGAGCCUACAGAGUUCCACCAAGAUUUCAAGGAUUCUGAAGUACAUUCGGGAAGGAAAGGGUCACUGGGGCACACAGAGUUUCUGUGGAUGUUGUUUUAAUGCAUCUGACAACAUUGCCUCUGAUGCAAGGCGAAGUGUGCAGCGGUGGAUAAUGUGUGCUGGCAGCUAAGUCUUGAUGAAAUUUGAUUUCUAUUGACCGUACCCUGCAGAAAUCUCAGGUAAUUGCCAUCUCUGAGGCAAAGGUCCAGUGAUAUCCACUAAUUUUGUUUACAGUGGCGGCAUUGCAUUGCCCACUCACUAGAGGGCACUGACUCACAAAGAUCUUGAUAUAUUUCUUCUUACACUCUGCCUGUUUAUGUUGCCAACAGAGCAAGUAUCUUUUUUUAAAAGGUGUAGAGUCGGUCAUGACUGGACCUAAUGGUCAGGGGUCCCUUUACCUUUACCUUUUUAUUUCUCUAAUAGUUUCUUCAGGUCACUUUCUGCUAUAGCUGGAGAAGGGUUAUAUGACAGCUGUAUGUACUGUUGCUAAAAGAACGCUUGAUCUGGGGGAACAGUUGGCAGGCAUAGUUCUACUGUUAUGUUUCGUAUUACCAACUUAAGGGAAAGAUUGGGUGAAAAUGCAUUUUUCUUCUAAGUUUUAAGUGGUGGGUUUUUCAGUGAUUUUCUGGAAGCAUGAAACACUACCUGCCUCUAUGACCCAUUUGGGUUUUUGUAUUGGAAAACUUGAUACUUUUAGAGAGUUCUAUGUAUUCUCUGUCCCAUAAAAAUGAGGCCAGUUUUGUGCCAUACAAAACCCACAUUUUGUAAAUGGAAGAUGUGAUGUUAGCUCACAUACUCCCAGAGAUACCACUUACAAUUUAAAAAGUGAAGAAUAAAUAGGGCUACAGUGUUUAAUUGGUAAAUUAGUCAAUGAAAGUUGUAGUUGAUUAAUCAAAGGUAACUUAUAAUUCAUAGGACAGCAAAUUUAGACUAUUUUUGCUUUUUAAAUACUAAUUUUGUUUGGAAAAUUGCAAUAAGAUGUUAAAGGUGGUGUUUCUUUCUGACAAUUAGAAGUAGUUUUUGUUUAUCAAAUAUUAAAAUAAUGUCAAGGUUGCAGGUUUGAUCCCCAUAUGGGACAGCUGCAUAUUCCUGCAUUGCAGGCGGAUGGACUAGAUGGGUUCCUUCCAACUCUAUGAUUCUAUGAUCUAUGAAAAGUUAUUUUACUUUUGGUAUUUCAAAAAAAGCACUUACAUUGACAUUUGGGUAAUAUGCUGAUUUAUCUAAAUGUAAUCAAUAAAUAGUUUCAAAGGCAGAUGAUUAUUCAGUUGGUUUUCAGUCAUAGUUAGUGCCUAAAUUCCAUUGAAAUAAAUGGGUCUUAACAGUGCAAUCCAGCACAGUUACAUUGCUUUGAUCUCCUUGAGAACACAGGAAGCUGCCUUAUACUGAGUCAUACCAUUGGUCCAUCUAGCUGUUUUUGUUUGUUUGUUUUGUCUAUGCUGUCUAGUGGUAGGGUUGCAGAGGUUAAGUCUUCCCUUGCCCUACCUGGAGAUGCCAGGAAUUGAAUCUGAGACCUUUUUCAUGCAAAGCAGAUGCUCUAUCACUGAGCUAUGGCCCAUAUACCUCAACAUAAUCAUGACUUAGCAUAGGAUUGCACUAUAAUUACUUAACUGCACACCAACUUUUAUUUGGAUUAUGCCUUGAAUGUGAAAACCCCAUCACAUUGCCAGCAUUUAUUCCCACCACCAAAUGAUAAGUUCAAAUAAAUGUUUUUGUGACACCUACAAGAAGUUCAGAUUUGGGUUUGGGUCAGGUCGUCUACUGAUGCCAGUUUCAGGGUUGUGCAGUAGCCAUUGUGAACACAGUUUGUUUGGGGUAAUUUAUUUUGCUCCCAGGUAGGGUAGAAUAGAAAAGGGAUGUGGGUGGCGCUGUGGGUUAAACCACAGAGCCUAGGACUUGCCGAUCAGAAGGUCGGCGGUUCGAAUCCCUGCGACGGGGUGAGCUCCCGUUGUUUGGUCCCUGCUCCUGCCAACCUAGCUGUUCGAAAGCACGUCAAAGUGCAAGUAGUUAAAUAGGUACCACUCUGGUGGGAAGGUAAACGGUGUUUCCGUGUGCUGCUCUGGUUCGCCAGAAGUGGCUUAGUCAUGCUGGCCACAUGACCGGGAAAGCUGUACGCCGGCUCCCUCGGCCAAUAAAGUGAGUUGAGCGCCGCAACCCCAGAGUCGUCCGCGACUGGACCUAAUGGUCAGGGUCCCUUUACCUUUACUAGGGUAGAAUAGAAGGGACAAUGGUUCCUGACAUUCAGUCCUAUGAAUAAUGUAGUAUGUGUCUAGUAAAGUUAGAAAUUUUGACCAAUAUUCCAGCUGAAACACACCAUCAAAUGAUUCAAAGUCAUGAGACCCAGAUUUCUGCAGCAGUACGAAACCGAGAGAAGCUAUUACACUGGGCCAUUGUUCCAGGUAUACUUUCAGUAAUUGACACUGGUAGUGAAAUGCAGACACAUUGCUUUUUUUCAUGUGUUGUAAUCAUUCGCUUUGCACACUUACCUGUCAUAGCAGAUUGGCAUUCUCCCUCUCUUUAUUGACCUGUUGUAGCUGCUUUAUUUGGGUGGGCUGUAAAAUGGGAAGAGUUUCCGCAAAGCAAGUACUAAGGUUGGAACAAAGCCCUGACAUGCUAAUAGCAGGUGAUGGGGCUAGCACCCCUCACUGUGAGUGCCCCAGAAAUACAGUUUUCUCAGCCACAGGAUCUCAUAAAAUAUGAUUUAGCAGUGGCUGGUGAAUUUGGGGCAUUUAUGUGGGUUAAGCAUAGACAAAAACAACAAAGCAGCUCAUUUUUUCCAGCUUUGAAUAAAUCACUCACAAGUUCCUGUUGCAAUAAAACUUGCUGCUGGUCCCAAAAGGUUUUAACGACAAUAGAUGAUCAUAACUGAACAAUGGUGGCUUACUGUACACAUUUGGUGUGGCUGGUCCCUCCUGUCUUCAGGAGAGAGCAUUUCUGGUCAGCCCAGGACAAAGCUUCACUGAUGGAACAGACAUGCCAUCCUGGAAUCAACUAGCAAAGAGACUUUGUUGAAAGCCUAGGUGUCACCUUAUCUUAAAUCAACUCGGGUAGAGGUAAUUGUGUUAGAUAGAUCUGACAUAAAGGUAUGCCUUUGCUAGCUGUUCCUUUUUAUACCAGUCUCAGCAAAAUCAGAACAGUGUGGUGGCAAGCCACUCUCUGUGGUCUCCCACAACACUGAAGUCUUCCAAACUAACCCAGUGGUGUCAACAAAUCUAUAUAUAGUAAGUUAGCAGAACAAAAUUGAUAGAGGUUCAGCAACAUGUCCUGUUACCUCUACCCGUAACUGUGAUUGUAUUGUGAAUUAAACCACUUAUUUCCCCCCACCCCGUAAGCAAUGCCUUGCUCUAUUUCCUUAUGAGCUGUGUGGUUUUGGAUCCUCUCUUUGUGCUAAUGAUAGCGCCAUCUGGUUGCUACUGUGCCCAUUUUGUGGAAGGUACUUAGUAGUCCAUUUGCAGGACUCUGAGGUGGGAAGAAGGCCAGUUAUCUAGACCCAUUCUAGAUCCAUUCGAGUUUCAGGAGGGAAUGGGCCUUGGUUGCCCUAAUGGAUGACCCAGAAGAGGGACAGGUUCUGUGUGACCUUGUUGCUUUUGCUUGAUGUCUCAGUGGUUUGUGAUACCAUUAACCGUGGUAUCUUCCUAAACCACCUCAGUUAUGCUGUGAGGUGUGAGUCAUGCUUUGAGGGUAUUUUUUAAAAAUGAAAGGGUGUAUAAAAAUGAUUUAAAAUAAAUAAUCUAUAUACAAAACCAGAUUCCAUAUUUUUUAAGUUUUAUUAUUUUUAAAGACUGUUUUUAUGUUUGUUUGUUUUUGUAUUUUGUGACCUGCCAUUUUAUGAUGAAAGGCUGGAUACAAAUCGUACAAAUGAAACAGUAAAUUAGUUAGCAUGAUGGGGGGACCAAAUUCCACAAUGUAAUACUGUAGUUUGUUUUUAUUUGUGCUAGCAUUUAAAUCACAGCAAGUCUUUGACACUGUAAAAAGGCCACUGCUGUUCUUUGGCCAGUCUGUGUCGCUGUAGCAGCAGAAGAUGCAAAUGGUGACUCUCUCAUCAUCCCUUGUAUGUGAAUAGAUGAUCACAAAUCAAAGAAGACAUGUGUGCAUGAAUAGUUUUCAGAUGCUUUCUGUUCACUUACCAUAAGGGCAUAUGCUCUCUGUCUGUCUCAGUCAAGCAGCGAGAGAAAUGUGUGUCGGAUCUAAAUUAUGGAAAUGGAUGUGCAAGCUCUUAAGUAGAGCACCUACAUCUAAAAAGCCACUAGGUGGCACUCGGGCAUAAAAUAUCCAGAGUCCCAUGCUUGAACCGCUUCUCAGAAUGAAGACAUUACUUUCAAAACUACAAAGACAUAGCUUAUGAACAUGCUGAUAUUUUUUCAGCUUGCUUGGGCUGAGCAAUCAUGUGGAACAAUGCACAUUACCUGUCUCAAAAAUGCACUAUAAUCAUAAAAGUCUUUUGCAGUGCCGUUCACGUGGUGGGAGUUAGUCUCUUGUUCUUGUUGUUGCUCUGUCAGUUGAUUGGUAUUUUCGCUACUUCUGUGCAAGAUACUGCUACCUCCCAUUACAAAUAAGAAUGCACUACCAUAGCUGAUCACAUAAAAGUACACAGUCUUUAACCACUUUGUUGUGCUCCAGAGGCUCUGAUGGAUCCUUGUGGAUGUCGGAGCUCUGUGCAUGAAGGCAAAGGCGGGCCAUUCCAUUUCACCACUGGAGGCAAAACAGGAAGGUGCUGUGCUGUGCUGCCCCCCACCCCAAGCCUCACUUCCUGGGGUCACACAGCAACGGCUUCCGCAGAGAUCUCAUGAGCUCUUGCUGGAAGUUGCAGCAGUAGUUGCACAACUCCACCUGUGGUGGGUGGAGCACCUGCGGGGGCACUUCUGCGCAGGUCCUACAUGCAGAGACCACCCACUUCUCUCUCAUGAGCCGUGGAAGUCCAGGAUUCCAUGCUGUUCACAAAACGGGUUCUGUAACUUUGAAAAGAACAAGAAAGCUAUUAUAUCUACAUAGCUGAGUGGUGUGUGUGUUUGUGUGUCACUCAAGACUUGCUACAUGGAAUGGAAUGAAAGAGGAGGAAGAUCAGUUUAAGAAUUCCAGAAUUUUUAACAAGCGUAUCCUUCCAACUGAGUAUGGGGAUGAUCCUCCAUUGCCAGUGUUCUUCUCCCCUCCCAGCAUAUAUCACCCUUUACAUUUAUUUAUUUUUUAAAAUACAUUUAUUUGUUUAAAUAAAUACAUUUAUUUAUUUAUUUAUUUAUUUAUUUAUUUAUUUAUUUAUUUCCCACCUUCCUUCCAAAAGAGCCCAAGGCAGCAAACACAUCAGUACUUUUAGAAUAUUAAAAAUAUUCUAAUAAUUCUAAUAAAAUAAUUCUAAUAAAACCAUUAUUUCAACCAGAGAUCUCAAGGUUGCCAGGAAUAGUUCCUUUCAGCCAUCAAAUGCCUGGAUAAACAGGAAUAUUUUCAAAUUGCUUCUGAAAGUCAAUACAGUAAUGAGGGAGGCAGACACACCUCACUAAGUGGGCAUUCCACAAACAGGGAGCUACCACUGAAAAGACCGUGUCACAGUUCAGUGCCAGCUGGGCAGCCCUCAGUGAUGAUACCACCAACAUCAUGAUGAUACCGCUGAUUGUAGCAUCUGAGAUGGUUGAUAUUGCAUAAAUAUAUACUUCAUACUUUCAGCAUGGAGCCCCUAGUCACAUGGAAGCAGUUUUUUGUUUUUUUUCCAGGCCUUGCUCUACCCUCAGAUAUGUGCAUACAUGCUCCAGUGUGCUUUUAUGUGCCUAUUUAAAGCAUUUUUACUCCCAGAGUAGCUUUCAAAUAGAAAUGCAGUCCUGUCUUCACGCAGUGACUGUUGUGAAAAAAGUUCCAUAAAUUGGGUGAAAACCUGCUCUCAUAUAUGUGACUAUAUUCUAUAGCAUGUGAAGCAGAGUGUGUUGGUCCUAAGUCUGACAUACUGAUACUAAAACCAUUUUUGUUUUUAAGCUAUGACCUGGAAAACAGCUUGUGUGUGUUAUGAAUGAAAGACAUCCAUCUUUGGUAAAUAUUUUCUUUUCCUGCAAUCACAGCAAAUUUAGCACCUCUUCAUUUUGAUCAGUUUAAUGGCAAAUCAGUUGUAUAGGGUACAAGAGGAAUUUUUUGCAAUCAGUGUUCUGAAACAAUCUGUGGGGAAAAGACAAACAUCAUUGUUGAUUUAUACAGCAUCUGUUUAACCGUCCUGAUAAAAUGUUUUCCCCAAGCUUGGCAGUACCACUAUAAGCCAGUUUUAAACUGGUUUCAUUGUCAUGGCUCCCCUAAAACCAACUACAGUAGACUCGUCAGCUUUCCAGAAGAUCAAAGAAUCAUUUAUACUAAUAGCAAACAUUCUCUGAAAGCUGAUACCUACUUAGUCAAAACUGCUAUAUCCAUGCACAAGAGUGAGGUAUCAGCAGACUCAGGGGAACCCCAAGGUUUGCAGAAGUCCAGAAAAAGGGAGGGGAGACAUACCUAAAAAAAACAGCCCAAAGAAGACUGAACAUGCUCAAUGAUCUAUGUGUGUGUCAUUAUGUUUGUAUUUUUGUAUUUCUGGCUUUGCAUUUUUUCUGUUUUGGUAUUAUUUGCUUGUUUUAUUUAGUGUUUGUAUGAUGCGUAAGUAUAAAUAAAGUUAAAAAAAAAAGCAUGCUCAAUGAUCACAAAAUGCUGACUGGCUGUUGUGUGGGGCGUAUGUUAGGAUAUGGGAAAUGGAGGGCAGGGGAGAAGGAAAAGGAAUACAAUAUCUUGGAAAAGGUGAUGGCCCUGAACUGAAAACUCUACAUUUUGUCACUUGUCCCUCUUGUUCUUUAUAAUUGAGACUGCUAAUCUGUUCCCAGGAUACCAUAAAAGAAGGCAGGGUCACUGCUAUUUAACCAGAUUGUGUGCAGGGUAGACAUGCUUUCACAGAGAAUUUAUGAUGCUUUUUACUGUCUUUCUCCAAAAUCUGUUUUUGUCUCCUUGUCAGACUUUUGAGAGAUCUCACCAAGAACUCUGUAAUAGAUUCUUCUUCACCAGGAAAUUUAUAUUUUUGGUCUUUUUAGUGCUUUUUUGACUACAUUGUGCCUAAUUUCCAUGUGUUACAAUUGGAGACCAUUUCAAAUAAAUUCUGAUGUACUAUUACUUCAAUAUCAUUGUUAUAAUAAUCUGUUAUAUUGAUUGCCACUUGUACUAUUCACAGAUUCCAUGGGCUUUGUCUUUGGUUUUUAAACUAUAGAAGGUAGUCAUCACGUUUUCCUUUUACCAUAUUUCAUUUAUGUAUUUCAUGAAUGGGAACAUUGUCAAUUAUCAGCUUGAGUUUAUUUUGGCAGCUCUACAUGAGAGAACUGCAGCUGGUUUGAUGUUGGGGUAGUGGAGUCUUCAGUAUGGUGUUCCUUUUAAUCUGUUUGGCAGCUGCACAUUAUGUAGAAAAUUUUAGUUCUAGAUAUGGGAGGAUUAUGGCCUCCUUUCUGAUGAGUUUGAGUGAUAUAAUCUCUCUGCUCUGCUGAUAGGUAAUUGGAAAAGAUGAUGUGGCUGUACCCUCGCAUCUUUACAAAGUGAUUCUGGCCCGAAGAAGUGAAACAUCCACAGAUCCUUUGGUACUUGGGGCCUUCGUGGUACCCAAUGACGCUAUUGGCUUUGACCACCAGCUGCCGGAAUUCCAAGUUAGUAUUGAAGACCUGGAGAGAAUGUCAGGCCUUGUUUUCUUCCCACAGGUGAAUAAAACUAAAGACGUUAGCAAUAUCUGUGAGGUUGAUACUUGUAAGCUGAUGAGUUUGGAAGAGUUCACUCUGUACAUCACCACUCGGAAGUUGCAGAGUGCAAGGACACUGGAAAGGUUGAGAAAGAUCAUGUCUGAAUUACAGGAAAAGGGAAUUGAGCCCGAUGAAUAUCUCUUAAAGGUUUAUAAAAAGAAGGAGGAGGAAUUAGCAGUGCAAAAAUCAAUGGAAGCUAGAGAAGGGAGAUCUGGUUAA